CGGAACUGAUGGAGACUACGUACAUGUUUUAUUGGAGACUUGAAAAGACCAAUUGGAUGAGAAUAGCCUAUGGUUUACGUCGUGAAAAUGGUGUGAUACUUUGCGGCACACGGAAUUGAGCACCGCGGGUGAUUCCCCACCUCUGUGAGUCUCCAUCACUAUAUCUUCUCAGUUUGUCUCGUAUUCGUCCUCCAGGCAGAGUGCGUACAACCCUCAUCGAAGCAGACACAGCCGCGCAUGGCCGCCAAUCUGUUCCGUUUAUGGGGCACAGCAUCUUUUCAGGCAGCCUACACCGUAGAAUACAUUCAGACAACGCAGUCCUUUAGGCAACAGGAUUUCAAAUAUUUUUUUUUACUUGAUAGCCUUUCAAGGAAAUAUUAUAUUUUUCUUUAUUUACGUUUUCCUUGCCAACUGGAUAAAAAUAGGCUAUAUAUUAUUUAUUGAAACUCCUUUAUGGCCAGUAUUUAUAAAUAUCAAUGGAAUGAUACGUCUGCUGUGCAGUCCUGCGCUUCAUCGGAUACCUGCCUGGUUUUACAGGGCGUGGUGUUCAUGCUAAACACUACAGGUGACACAGCUCAGGAGGUGGUGUACUGGAGAGACGCGUGUGACGGUGAGACGCCACCAAAAAUGUACAGAACAGAAAUCAAGACUGUUUACUAAGGAGAUCUCUACAAUAAUAUUUAGCCAAAACCCAGAUAUAGAGAGAGUGUGAACUUGACUAAAGCCAAAAAAACAUGACUCACUUGCAAGCGGGCCUGAGCUCCGAGACCACAGAGAAAGCUCGUCAGGAGCUCAACGAGAACCCUGACACCCUCCAUGCGGACAUCCAGCAGGUGCGCGACAUGAUCGUGACACGGCCCGACAUCGGCUUCCUGCGCACGGACGACGACUUCAUCCUGAGGUUUCUGCGGGCGCGCAAGUUCAACCAGGCAGAGACCUUCCGGCUCCUGGCCCAGUAUUUUCAAUUCCGCCAGCAGAACCUGGACAUGUUCCAGAGCUUCAAGGUGGACGACCCGGGGAUCAAGAGGGCUCUGAUGGACGGCUUCCCAGGUGUCCUGGAGACUCCGGAUCAGCAUGGCCGGAAGAUACUCAUCCUAUUUGCUUCCAACUGGGACCAGGGAAGGAGCUCUUUCACAGACAUCCUCCGAGCCAUCCUCCUCUCCCUGGAGGUUCUCAUAGAGAACCAAGAACUCCAGAUCAACGGCUUCAUCUUGAUCAUCGACUGGAGUAACUUCUCCUUCAAGCAGGCAUCCAAGCUCACGCCCAACAUUCUGAAACUGGCAAUCGAAGGCCUGCAGGACAGCUUCCCUGCUCGCUUCGGUGGGAUCCAUUUUGUGAACCAGCCCUGGUAUAUCCACGCCAUGUACACCAUCAUCAAGCCUUUCCUCAAGGACAAGACUAGGAAAAGGAUUUUCCUCCACGGGAACAACCUCAACAGUUUACACCAGCUUAUCCUACCCGAUUGUCUGCCGUCCGAGUUUGGUGGCACGCUGCCGCCCUAUGACAUGGGCAUCUGGGCACGGACCCUCUUAGGGCCCAACUACAACGACGAGACGGAGUACACACUCACCUACGACGCCCUCCAUGUCAAAGGGAGCUAUGGUGGCGGAGAUAAGGAAUGUGCCAACAAACUUCUGAAAAGGUCCGAGUCAGCCGUGGAGCCGGGUACCCUACGGCAAGCUGACAGGGACAACACGGCACAGCCACUCCUGGCUCUGGACUGAUCACUCCGAUCCGUCCACAUUGUAUCCAAAGCACUCUAAUUUGUAUUCCAACC